AGCUGCAAUUAGAAGGUCGCCACCACCCACCUGCCUUGGUAUAAGCGGGUGUGCUUCGGGGGGAUCCGCUGUGUUGUUGCCUUCCUAUUCUUAUGGAAACUCACCUUGUGUUGACAGGGGACGCCCCCUUCCAGUGCUGGCUCUGUAGCGCCAAGUUCAAAAUCAGCUCGGACUUGAAAAGGCACAUGCGCGUGCACUCGGGGGAGAAGCCUUUCAAGUGCGAGUUCUGCAAUGUCCGCUGCACCAUGAAGGGAAACCUCAAGUCGCACAUCCGCAUCAAGCACAGCGGGAACAACUUCAAGUGUCCGCACUGCGACUUCCUGGGUGACAGCAAAGCCACCCUGCGGAAGCACAGCCGCGUGCACCAGUCCGAGCACCCGGAGAAGUGCUCCGAGUGCAGCUACUCGUGCUCCAGCAAGGCGGCCCUGCGCGUGCACGAGCGCAUCCACUGCUCCGACCGCCCGUUCAAGUGCAGCUACUGCAGCUUCGACACCAAGCAGCCCAGCAACCUGAGCAAGCACGUGAAGAAGUUCCACGGGGACAUGGUCAAGACCGAGGCCUUGGAGAGGAAGGACGCGGGCAGGCGGAGCAGCCGGCAGGUGGCCAAGCUGGACGCCAAGAAGGCCUUCCACUGCGACCUGUGCGACGCCUCGUUCAUGCGCGAGGACUCGCUCCGCAGCCACAAGCGGCAGCACAGUGAGUACAGCGACAGUAAGAACUCGGACGUGACCGUGCUGCAGUUCCAGAUCGACCCCAGCAAGCAGCCUGCAGCGCCCCUCACCGUCGGCCACCUCCAGGUGCCCCUGCAGCCCAGCCAGGUGCCCCAGUUCGGCGAGGGCAGGGUCAAAAUCUUCGUGGGGCAUCAAGUGCCGCAGGCAGCCACCAUCGUCCAAGCGGCCACCGCCGCGGUCAACAUCGCGCCACCUGCGCUGGUGGCCCAGAGCCCAGAGGAGCUCCCUGGGAACAGCCGGCUGCAGAUCCUACGCCAGGUCAGCCUCAUCGCUCCUGCCCCGUCCUCGGGGUGUCCGAGCGAGGCGGGUGCCAUGGCCCAGCCCGCUGUCCUGCUGACCACUCAUGACCAAACCGAUGGGGCCACUCUGCAGCAGACUCUGAUCCCCACGGCUCCGGCCGGGCCCCAGGAAGGAGCUGGCAACCAGACUUUCAUCACCAGCUCGGGCAUCACGUGCACGGACUUGGAAGGCCUUAACGCUUUGAUUCAGGAGGGGACAGCUGAAGUGACCGUGGUGAGCGAUGGGGGCCAGAGCAUCACGGUGGCCACCACGGCUCCGCCUAUCUUCUCCUCUGCGCAGCAGGAACUGCCCAAGCAGACAUACUCCAUAAUCCAAGGAGCCGCGCACCCCGCCCUGCUCUGUCCAGCGGAUUCCAUCCCAGACUAGAGCUUAAAAAACAAAGGGGGGGGACCCACAAAGAAAUCAUUGGUAGAAUUCUGUAAGAGGUUUGCUCUUGAUGUUUUUAAAGAUUCUUGUAACCUC